AUGAGCUUCUCUGGGAAAGGGGCUUCUGUGGAUGACAAAAAGCUAACUGCUGCAAAAUCAAUAUCUUUGAAUCCAAAUGCUGCAGAAUUUAUUCCUUUUUCUCUCAGAUCAUCUGCUGGAGGCACAAGUAGUGUUGAUGAAGUGUCUAAAUUUGCUACCCCAUCUGCUUCGACACCAGGAAAAGCUGUACUUGAUCGAUCAGAGUCAUCUGUUCCAAAUGAUUCAGAUGAAGAAGCCCAUCAAUUCUGGGACCACCAGCUCCCUGACGACAUUACUCCCGAUUUUAAGGUUAUUGGUGGAGAUGAUACUCAAGGAAUCAACGGCUUAUCCUUUUCAAGCUUAUCGUUGAAUGAUAUCAGUGAAAGCUCAAGAUUCUCUGCUUCAACUGGCAGUGGCUUUAUUUUGAAGGAAACUCAAGAAUUAUCUCCUCAUCCUAGAAAUGAUAACAACUAUGCUGAAAAACUGAGAUUUCCUGUCUCAUAUGCAGAGUAUCCAUCGCCUACAGGGUUUCAGCAUUCACCUCCUAACCCAUGGGACAAGCAAAUUGUUAAUGACGAUCAACUUCUUGGCAAUGUUCAUGAAGGGUCUCCAUAUAAUGGAAAUUCAGUACAUUCUUUUCUUUCUGACAUGUCAAAUGAGCAGUUACUGGACAACACAGAUGUGAACCCUAUAUAUUUUUUGGCUUCACAGUUCCCUGGUUUUGCAGCAGAAAGCCUUGCAGAGGUGUAUUUUGCUAAUGGAGGCGACUUGAAUUUGACAAUUGAGAUGCUUACUCAGCUAGAGCUCCAGGUUGAUGGAGGUUUCAAUCAGAAUCGAAAUUCAAAGGCCUUGUCAACUCCAAAUCUUAGCGCAUUGGAUUUUCCUGCACUUUCAGGAACAGAUGGCCAAAAUGGCUUGCCAAAGUUUACCGGUGAUGAUCUUCAGCAAAACAUUAGUCCUUACCAGUCUCCAGAAAAGGAAAGCGCUCUCUUAUUCAGAUCAAGUUCUUCCCUUGCCUCUAGAGGCGCUAUAGAUUUUGCUUCUGCUGUCAGGAAAAUGGCACCUCAAGAUUCUAGCAUUUGGAAAUAUGGUACAAAUGUUUCUUCAACAGCCAGCAUAGGAUCAAGUAGAAGUUCACAAGUGCCCAUUAGCUCUUACAACAGUGGCCAGGGAAGAAACAUUUAUGGCAAUAGGUUGCAAAAUAGGGGAUCAGCUCGUCCGGCUACUCCCUGGCUUGAAACUGGAGAAGCAGUUGCAAAUAUGUAUUCUGAAUUUCGGGAGGAAGCUCGUGAUCAUGCACGCCUACGUAAUGCCUACUUUGAACAGGCACGCCAGGCAUACCUCAUCGGUAAUAAGGCUUUAGCCAAGGAGUUGAGCAUUAAAGGGCAGUUGCACAACAUGCAAAUGAAGGCUGCUCACGGGAAGGCUCAGGAAUCUAUUUAUCAUCAAAGGAAUCCAGAGAUGCAGGGCAAUGGGAGAGAGAAAAUGAUUGAUCUGCAUGGUUUACAUGUGAGUGAAGCUAUUCAUGUCCUAAAGCGUGAGUUGUCUGUAAUGAGGAAUGCAGCAAGGUCGGCGAACCAGCGUCUGCUGGUUUACAUAUGUGUUGGGACUGGCCACCACACUAGGGGUUCCCGUACUCCUGCUCGACUUCCUACUGCUGUUCAGCGCUACCUGCUUGAGGAGGAGCGCCUCGAAUUCUCUGAACCACAGCCGGGGCUCCUUCGAGUUGUGAUAUACUGA